AUGCUGUCAGCAACACGCGUGUUCCGCAUCGUGUACAAAACCUUUUACCUCCUCCUCUACAUCCUCCUGCUUAUCCUUCUACUCGGCUCACCGGCGGACAUCAUCUACCAGUCGCUAUGGGUGGAACCCAAACACGAAUACUUUGUCAUUGUGCUAUCGGCAGGAUACUUUGUCACGGUUUUGAUCGUCUCGUUUGUCUACUCGAUGCGACUAUGGAUCAACCGAGGAGUCUUGGCUGCCAUCCCGAGGUCGAGAAUUCCGAUCGAUAAAGGCGAUGUGCCGUCAUCCGUUCGCAAGGAGAUCGUCUCUGGGUUAAGUCGGAGUGCUUCGACUGCCUUUGAUGCAAGGCCGCGGGUUCUUCCACCUUCGUUGUCGACCCCGUUUGGGACUCAUGGCGGUCAAUACGGAAGGGGACAAAACGAAUCAUCUACAGGAGUUACGUCGGACGGGGGUCGGUCAGGGACCCCUCAAGAAAAGCAGAAGAAGCGAUUCAAAUUUCCGACGUUGAAGAAGACAUCGACAGUCGGGACUGAUGUGGGAGUCAGCUUUCCCCCGCCGAAACCGGUCUGGGGCGAGAUCGAGCACAAUGGCUGGGGUUCGCCGCUUUCACCAGACUUUCCUACGCUGGAGUACGCCACAGUUAUCUCGGAGCUGGCAAAUCUCAUCGAAGCCAAGGCGAUCACCUUGGCGCCGGAGGUUCCUCGGUCCGCCGUUGCUUAUGAGCCGAGCAUGGGGCUGGAAGGGCAACACCCAGGACAUGCGCAUAGUCCAGGAAUGCCGGACCCAGAGGCAGUGGCGCUCCUGCAGCGGGGCAGCUUGGGUAUGCGUGACUAUCUCGCCAGCCUCGCUGAGCUAGGGGUCCUGCCUCCAUCUCAAACAGCGGCCGAGUUUCUCGUCGCAUACGAGCAUGCGCGCUUCUCGACGCGGCCGCUAUCAGCACGUCGCUUUCGCGAACUAAUGCAACUAUUUGCGGAACUCUUACGCUCGAUGGUGCCAAUCGACCCGAUGUUGCUGUACGUAAAUGGACACGAUGGACGCGACCAAGACGACAAUUCAGAGCACCGCAUUGGCAGAGACAGUGAUGGCGGAGGUGCAGGGCGAUCGAGCGAUAUGGAUAUAGACGAUGACGCACCCGCGGCCACGGCCACACCGAGCACCUUUGGAAUUCCUAGUCACUCUAAUGGCAACAGUGGGAUGCGGGCGCACGGCGCUUCUACUCCCCGCAGCUCAAGUCCAUCUAUGUCGAUGCGGACAGAAAGCUCAGCAACUACGGGCUCAUCUGGGUCAAGCAGCAGUAACGCGUCCCAAAUCAGACAUAGACACCGGCGCCGCCGACAGCUAAGGCAUCCUCACGCUGUUAACGCGGGGGUACGCGCAUCCUCAUGGCAGUACAGGACGGCUCCUACCACCCCCAAGGACCUAAGAAUGGCGCCUGGGAAGUCACCCUCGGCGAGGACAAUGGCCACCGCCGCUGCACUUGAGGCGGCUUUCUCGUCGCUACCAUCAUCUUCAUCAUCAUCACCACGAUUAGCAGCAUCUCCAGAUGCACUGUUCAGAAGCGAUUCUCGGAACAGCAUUGCCAGCUUCGCGCAGAGCAGGCAUCCCUACCCAGUUAGUCAUGCUUCAUCCGGGAGCUUAAGGUCACUAGCUUCCGGUGGGUCGGUUGUUGUGAGGCUUCGGAACCGGUAG